GGGGGGGAUUUUGAAGGAAGAGCUACCACGUGUCAAUUCGGGAGGGAGCCAGGCUUUUAAUGCACACACACAUUUUGAUAUAAGUAACCUCCAAAUUCCUUCCAAUUCCUCCUCAGUUGGAAAAAGACCUCGGGAAUUCCGAAUGGAGAGAAAGAAGAAACCGCUCAGAACGGAGCAAUCCGACUCACCCACUUCAGCGCUGCCGCCUCCGCCGUGGACGGAGUUGCCGGCGGACAUAACCGCCAACAUUCUGCGGCGGCUGAGUGUGGCGGAGAUACUUGAAAACGCACAGAAAGUGUGCACGACUUGGCGGAGCGUGAGCAAGGAUCCUGCCAUGUGGCGAAAAAUCGAUAUGUCUCAAGGGAAAGAUCGCGCUGCCCGGAUCAUGUGUAAGCAGGCGGUGGAUCGUAGCCAAGGCCAACUAAUUGAUCUCAAGAUUGGUUUUUUCUGCGACGAUGAUCUGCUUGCAUAUAUUUCCCAGAGAUCAAGUCAGCUUCGAUGCCUUUUGAUUGCAUCUUGUGUUGCUCAUGCCAUAUCUGGUAAUGCUUUGGCUAAUGCUGCAAAAAGGUUUCCAUUGUUGGAGGAGCUGCACCUUUUCCAUUCUAGAGUUCCCUCUGAAUCCCUAGAAAUCAUUGGUCGUUCUUGCCCGUUGUUGAAAUCCUUUUCUCUUGGUGGAGCUGCACCUUUUUAUGCCAAGGAUGAUUUUGUGGAACCGGAAUGUAAUACCGAGGCACUCGCUAUAGCGAAAUCCAUGCCUGGAUUGCGACAUCUAACUCUUUUUGGGAAUGCAAUGUCGAAUGUUGGGCUGCUAGCUGUUGUUGAGGGUUGUAUUCACCUAGAAUCAUUAGAUCUAAGGAGGUGUUUUCGAGUUAACCUUGAAGGUGAUAUAGGUAACCAAUGUUCCCAAAAACUGAAAUGUCUGAAGCAGCCUGAUGACUCCAUUGCAGAUCUUGAGUAUCAUGACUCUGAUUCAUUUGAUGUUGAGUAUGAGGAAGGCUUUUACGGCUGCGAUUGGGAUUAUCUUCGGAUGACGAUGGCACCUUUAACGAAGGCAUCUACAUAGAUUAUUACAGUUUAUGAAGUCCCAUGCUCUGGUUCCCCGGAUCAUGACAAUAAUCUCUCAGUAUGAUUGUUGAGUUUCAUGUUCAAAAUAAACUGAAGCAAUCAUCUUUUAACUAGUUUUUUAAUUAGUUAAUUAGUUGCAAGUUAUCUAUCUUUAAAAAUCGUUGAACCUUUGAGCUGCAGGCCUGUUGUAGUCGAAAGCAUGCUCGAACUUUUUUUUUCUUGUUUUGCCGUUUUGGCCUGUUUGUUUGGGAUGGAAGAUUUUUCUUUCUUUGUAAAUUGCACGGUGGUUUCUCUUUGCUAUUGUUUUUGCAUUACUGCAUACUGUGGAUGUGGAGUUUAAUCAUUUAUGCACCCAGUAAAUAGUUGGGCGCUCAUAAACAGGGAUUAAUCCGAUACAAAAGGAG